AGUAACUAGUAGUGUUCUGCUAUCAGCCCCGAUGGGAAGAGCGCCAAUGUUGGCACUUCUGCCGCCGUUGCUGAUGGCCCUAUCAAUAACGUCGAGCAGGGCUCACCAGAGAUUUUAUCACCUUCAUCGCACCAGAAAUUAUCUCUCCCCGUCGUUGAAGCAGCAAUUUGAGAGCAAGAACCCACUACCACUUUUUGGACCAUGGCGACUAAAGGACGAUCCUGACUUUUGGCCUUUGUCAACCAUUAGCCACAGAGAGCGCAGAACGUCAUCAAAUGAUAAACUGUAUGUUCAACAGCGAAACGGACUUCAGCAGUACGACGUACCCCAGAUUGAGUGCCCACCAGCCGAGGACGGAAAUGAAAGGUAUGCUUGUCCCACCCCGGACAGAUUGAGUCGAUACCGAUGUAUAGAUGACCACGAACUCUGCGACGGCUUCAUUGACUGCCCACAGGGGGAGGAUGAAGACAGGCAAGCUUGUAUGUUUUACAAGACGACGAAAACACAUCUAGAUGUGUUAGCUGAUGCUUUAUUAAGAUGGGCAAGAGGGCGAUUUUGAAGAAGAAAUCCAGGACGAAACUCAAGAGCGAAGUCUGUUCUUUGCUGUUUCCACAUUUUUACAUCCAAACCCUUGUUUUAAAUCUCUAAUUUUAAUAAAACCAUCCAAUAUCUUGAAACUCAUUUUAUUUCGCAAACGCCAAAAUUAAGAAUAUUUCUACAUAGGUCCAAAAUUUCUUUAGUAGGUUCUGUUUUAUUAUAUCUUUAUCUUCAUUAGUGCUUUUCAUUUCUUAUAACCGGUUUUAUCUAAUCACUUUUAGCAGCUUUAAUAAUUUGUUUAACAGAUUGAACUCAUGCCGUAUGGCAGAAUCUUUUAAUGAGGGUCACAAUUCGCAGCUUGACAAUCUACAACUAACUUUCAAAUACUCUAUACGUGCGAAUAUUUUUGUAUAUUCUGUAUUCUUAUUUGCAUUCUGGGUUUUAUAUUGUGUUUUCCAAAUUAAAGCUCGAAAGUAGGUUUGAAUAUUACUGACGGAAAAUAUUUGAUGGUAGAAAAAUUCUUAGCCUUAAGUAUAUUUGGUUACGAUAUGUUUAUGCGUAAAAAUAGAAGUAUUAGUAAA